AAACCACCCCCGCAUGCGGGACUCCUUUUUCCUCCUCGUGCCUUCUAAGAAGCAAACGCUACUGAAUUCAAUGGGCCUCCUGCUUCCGGGCUGAAGCGUGCAUAGCAUUGCAGCUAAGUUGGGGGCCAUCUGGCGUUCCGUUCAAAUGCAAGCGAGAAACUUUCCGAACUUAUCGCUCUUUGAAAAUGUUGGCGUUCGGCGUGGGCGCGCCCGGGUCCCCUCCCCUUCUGCCUCUCGCUCGGGCCAAUCGGAAGCCGGCAAGUUGAUUGGGAGGGAAAGGGGGAGGAGAGAGAGAGAAGGCAACCUGUCUCCACGUGACACUUUCAAAACCUUCCCCUUUGUCUGAACUGCGGGUUGCUUCUUUGCGAGCGUCCGAGUCCGGCGUCGUCUUGUGCGCCCUGGAGUUGGUGGCGCGUUCCGGCGCGUGCGAAGCCGGUGCUUCCCUCCCCCCACGACACGCUUCUGGCGCUGCUUUGCGAUCCCCCCCCUCCUCGACCACCCCAAAUUGCGGUGACCCCUCCGAUCCUUGCCUCUAGUAGGGAUCUACCGCUCCUCUCUCCCCCCACCCCCCAAAGGCCGAUCCCCAGCUGCGGGCGCAUGAGAGGCGAUCUCUCCAAAAGGGACAGGAGCCCGUGGAUUUAGAAAGGCGCGUCUCGGAGGGGCCAUGGCCGGCCGCAGAGCAGUGCCCCCGUCGCUGUGGUCCGGGAACGAGCGGCUGCGGAUCGGGGAGCGCCUCCAAGCCAGCCUGGCCGGGAUCUUCGAGCUGGAUCUCCUGCGGGAGACACAAAGGGAGACGGUGGAACGCGCUCUGGAAGGGAACCGGAGAGAUGGCGAGCCGCAACAGGAGGACCAAAGCAGCCUGGGCGAUAACCGACUACCCACCACCACUAAGCUGGACCGGAGCAAAUCUGAGGACCUGCUGGGGACCCCAAAGGGACCUCGCACCUACAGCUCAUCAGAGAACAUUGAGGCAGACCCCGGGGUGCUCCAUGCUCCCAUGGGGGAUGGAUCAGAGAAGGGAUGCCUUGGGUUGCGGAUGGUCAGCGAGCAACUCCUUUCCUCCAAGAAAGCUGGAGUCAAUGGGGGAGAUACCCAAGAAAUCUUGGAGGCAGACUCCAGGCCCAGCUCAGGGUUUUACGAGACGAGCGAGAUGGGCUCCCUGUCUGAUUCCUGCGCCUCCGUCCACAGCGAUGGGCCUGGGGGUUCCCGCUGCAGCACUGGCUCCCUCUCCCACUUGCCGGGCCUGCGGGAGGCCACCUUCUCCCGCCCACGAUCUACCGAUGAGGCUGCUGUCCGCCUCCUAGAUCUCCAGCUGCAGCGUCUCACCUUGGCAAACGCCUCUGGCGCGGACAGCAGGAGGCCUGUGUCGACAGGUGACCUUGAAUUCCUCCUGGGCCUUGGAGACUUGUCCCUCCCACUCCCAAAGAACCCGAGUCUCCAGCUGCUGCAGUACAAGUCGGACCUCGUCUCCCGGAACACCAACGAGAUCUACCACUACCCGAGCCCCUUGCAUGCCGUGGCUCUGCAGAGCCCCCUCUUCACCAGCAGCCUCUCCCAGAGCUCGUCUCAGGAGGAUCUGGAUGAGGGACCCCUGGAGCAGCCUGGCACCAGCUCCCCAAAGAGAGUGGCCGCGUGCUCCAAGGAGCAGCAGAGAGCCCGAUUGGACCAGUACGUGGCCAAAUUGGUGCUACGUUACAAGUGCCGCUCGGCAGCCAGCAGGCCGGAGUCCGGAUACCUGGCGGGGAAUCAGAAGAGCUUGUCAAUGUCCUCCGUCUGCAGUUCUGUCCUGGGUGCCAGCCAGCUCCUGGCGCCGGCGCCCGGGUGGAAGAUCCGGCGGCGCAUCUCCACCUGCUCGCACCUGCGCUCUCCAGAAGGUUCUGAAGGGGCACGAGACUCCCGGGUUUUAGACAGCCAAGGGGAUUUCACUCCAUUUCUGGAGCUCAGCUUGGUCCAGUCCAGCACCACCAACCUCGUGAAGACUACCGAGCCGUCGGUGGUGUCCCUGCCUGAUUCUCUCCCACCAUUUCCAGAACCUUCCGUCAUCCCCUACCCAAAAAAGCAACAUGGCGGAUCGGAGGUCCUGGGCUGGGUCAAUGGGGCCCGUUGUCAUGUUGUCCAGGCCGAGGCUCCCUUCAGAAAGGAGGCCUCGUUGCCGCAGGCCACUAUAAACUUUGACAGGCUGUACAAAGGCAAACAUGCCUCGCGGGAGUUGGUGAAAGCAGCUGAGAGGCAGGAGAAGCCGGCCGAGAGGAGCUGGCUGAGCCCCCGGGAACUGCUACGCAGGCUGAGCCUUCGCCGUAGGCCGCCCGCCCGCGUGGGGAGCAGGGCCCGCGCCAGCUCGGAAAUCAAUGUCCACGCGGCGGCGGGGCUGGGUUGCCACAGCGACUCACAAGCCAGCAGAGGCAAAGCGGUCAAGCCGAAGUGGACAUCGGUCUUGGAGAUUUCCAGCAAAGCCCCCGGACGGCAGCGGCUGAAAGCCGGCACCUUCCACCCGCCCCAAGUGCUGAACCGCCACCUUGCCUUUUCCUCUGACUCGCCAACAUCGUUUUGCUUCCUGGGUGGCAGCCAUCUUGACCUGCCGCCUCGGCAGCGGGCUGGACUUGCCGGCAGCAGCCUUGGAGAGGUGGACGCCACAAGCGCCGUCAGCCUGAACGGGGACUGGAUCCUCCAUCAGCUCGGGGACAGGUGGCCCCGCACUGCGGCCACGUUGGACUCUGCUGACUUGCCAGUCCGCAGCUUCAAGCUCCGGCGCAGCCGCUCCUUCAAGGAGCUCAAGAAAAUGAUGUCACGCUCCUUCAAGGGCUCCAGGACCACCAAGUGACUCCUUCCUCCCCCCCCCCCCCAAAGGGCUGUAAGAUGUGUUGGGUGGGUGAGUGGAGGAGAAGAAGCUUCUUAACCGUUUUUGAGGCUUCUUGAUUGACCUUCCUAGACAAGUUUCCCCAUCCCCUUGGACAAUGGGGGUUGUCUCCCGAGUUUUUCCCGCACCCUUAUUGUUACGUACAUCCUUGAAUUUGGACAUGAUCUCUUUAUGCCUCAGGAUUUCUCACUGGCCUAAACAAGAACCAAAGAUGGACAUGGAACUCCAGCGCUUCUUCAAUAAUCUUUUCCUAAGAAUGGAUUGAGGGGCCUUGAAGCCACCACACCUAACCCUGGUGGUGGCUGGUGGGGUGGCAGGCUGGAAGCCCCACAGUAGGUGGCACCGGAGAGCCAAUGGCAGGCAGAACCAACACAUUCUAGUUUUGUCCCCAUGCCCCCCCCCAUGAGUUGUACAAGGGGCAGUGCAGAGACUGAGGGAAAUGGCAGGUAGUGCCACCCCCUGGACUGGAUGUAACAAGGCAGGCGGGUGGGGGCUGGCUAGGGGCAGACUGAGGUUAGUGGGGCAGCCUUGCCUCCGCCCUCAUGUACCGGCUUCCACUGAAACCCUUGAAUUAUGGUAGUCCUGCAGCCUAGCCAAUAUGAGGGUCAGAGACACCCCCCCAACAUCCUUUAAAAGUGUUGCCUUGCCUUGGGUUACCCACCCACCCCAAAUAUGGUAGGGAAAGCAUGCAGAUCUCUAUAAGUAUUUUUUAAUUAUUAUUAUUUUUAGGAUCCCCGGCCCAAUUACAGUACUGAGGUAUUUGAGGAGGAGGACGCUUUUCAUGGCUCCCCAUGGCUCAGACACACGGUUUGUAUUGUGUUCGACCACCCUCUCUCUCUCUCUCUUGAACUCCCAGCGCUUGGUGACAACUUUUUUCUAUUUCAGCGCACAUUUUGCGAGGGGGUUCCCCAGCCCCAUGAUUUCUGUGGUUCAUUUUAACUUGCUCUAUGUUCUUCUCUCUCUUGUACAACGCUUAGAAAAGGUAGCAUGUAAAUUAUUUAAAUGAAUAAAGUGUGCAGCCUGUCCUGAGGAACACACAGCCUGCCCAAACAAAGUCAUUCCCUAGACCACCAUCUGCCACCAUCCUGGAUUUUUCUUUUUGGCAGUUCGAAGCAGGUGGUGAAAACCAAAGAAGGGUUUGGCAGGGGUCCAUUGUGUGGGGAGGGAGCUGUGUUAACAGGUUGCAAAUCGUGCAGGCCUAACACUGAUUUUGAAGUGGUAUUAAUUUGCCUUUUUCUUCAAGGUUUUAUAUUGCCUUCCCUUUCCAGUAAGGGUAUAAUGCAGAGUUGUGGCACUUUGGAUGCCAAUGGAAUACAGUUCUCAUAUCACUACCCAAUGUGGUGUCGUGGUUAGAGUGUCGGAUUAAGACCCGGGAGAGCAGGAUUCGAAUUCCCACUCAGCCAUGGAACUCACUGGGUGACCUUGGGUCAGUCACUGCCUCAAUCAGUCCAACCUACCUCACAGGGUUGUUGUGGGGAUUCAGUGAGGAGCGGGGGGACGACUUGUACUUGAGCUCCUUGGAGGAAAAAGUGGUAUAAUGAAAUAGAUGAAAUAAGUACUGUAAUCCUUGGGUAGCCGGGCCUAGUGGUCAGGGAUGAUGGGACCUGAAGUUCAACAUCAGGCAGGCCACAGCCACCCCCCCUUCCUAGUGCAAGCUAACCCUGCACAGGGAAGGCCUUCAUCACCCCCCCCCCCCAAUUUCUUCAUUUUGGCCCCCAAAGGCUUCCAAAAGUCUUCCUAGAUAUUUCUGUCUGGUACCGCUGCCACCUUUAAAGGCUGUGCUCCCAUCUGCCUUCCUCCCCCCCCCCAACUGUAAUUAAAAUGGAUGAGUAGCCUUUAGCCAUCUGGAUGUUUCUGAACUACAGCUCCCAUCUGCCCUAGCAAGAAUGGCCAACGAAGAUGGGAAUUGUAGUUCAGCAACAUCUGGAGGCCCAAGUCUCCCCACAGCAGACUCAAAACGAGGUAGCUUUUUUAAACCGUCGUUUUGUUUUUAUCCGCCUUGCUCUUUGAAACUGUGAACCUUACUUCCCCCACUACAUGUAAAUGUUAAGAUCAAGAUAGAAAAUAAAAAUGAGCAGUUUGAAAUUGGGCGUCUUGCUUGGUCUUGGGAACAUGGGAUGAUCAGAGUGUGAAGAGAUUUAAGGAUGUUUUUUCUACUGAAGCAUUAUUACAAAGUCUUGCAGCAGCUAAGUAUAUAUUCCAGUAUGUUUUCUGUCCGUAUAUAUCUAUAACUCUUUACUGACUGUGACUGUCAUGAAGAAACCCUGUAGACGGGAUAAAAAGCUCCCCUUUAUCCUCCUAGGGUGGUUGUAGGUCACUGGGGAAAGGACUCUCCUGCAGAAAUAGUAGACUUUGACACUCUUCUGCACCAUUGGAACAUUGCCCCACUGAUCUCGAGAAUAACGUGCCCUUCAGACGGUGAAAGUCCUCCACCCCUGGUAUCUAUGAUCAUACCUCACUGCGUUUUCAUAUUUGCGAUGCAACACUUUGCAAUGCACACUGGAGAGAGGUGUGUUCCCACCAAGCCAUGGGUUUAUAAAAUGGUGUGGGGGAAAGAGAGGCGGGAUGACGGAUUAUUCCCUCCUAUAAUUAAUCCCUCCCUGCUCAGUGCCUAGAAGCAGGUAGGAUAUAGCAAGCUGGUUUCUCCUGCCUUCCAGGCACACAUUUUUGCCUCCUCGACGCCGGUGCUCCUGGUUAUGCCUUGAAAAGGCUGAGCGAAUUGCUGUUUACGGCAUGCCUCCUGGCACCGCACAGCUAAUAAUAGUAAUUAAGGAGGCUGCAAGACGGUGGGGGAUGGGGUUCGGCAAGCCGGAGCUUGUUGUCUGGUCCUGCCACAGCCUUCCAGCCCAGAACGUGCAUUUUCCAGCAACAGAAAACCCCCGUUAAAUGGCUUGAGUGGCUCAAAGCAGUUUGCAUACAUUGUCUCAGUAAUCCUUAACCAACACCCUGGAAGUAAUAUCAUUCCCCCCCAUAAUGCAGAUCCGGAAGACCGAGACUGAGAGUGAGUCUAUGGACACGUAGUGAGUCGGUGGCAGAGGUGAAAUUUGAACUGGGGCCUUUCUAAAGUGUUAUUCCCCACCCUCGGAGAACUCUGGGAGCUGUAGUUUUUGAUAAGGGGGCUGGGAGUUAUAGAAAGCUGCAGUCCCCGGGGUUCUUUUGUUGGGAAGGGGGGUUACUUUAAAAGUAAGGUUGAGUAUGAAGCCUUAGCCAUUAUAUUGCAUCAGGAAAGCUUCACCAGGUAGAAACUUGCUUCCUAUCAGGUGGGUAUUAUGAGGCAGAGAAGCAGUAUAAGGUGAGAGUGCCUUUUCAGCCAGAACAGGCUGCACCAUUAGGAACAGAGAGGCAGCCCACAAACCCUUCAAGGACAGCAAAUAAUAAACUACAGUGGCACCUUGGUUCUCAAACGCCUUUGUUCUCUCAAACUCCAAAAAUCUGGAAGUUAGUGUUCCGGUUUUUCAACGAUUUUUGGAAGCUGAACGUGCAAUGCAGUUGUCUGCUAUUGUUUCCAGGGCGCCUGCACCAAUCAGAAGCUGCACCUUGGGUUUUUGAACAUUUCGGAAGUCGAACAGACUUCCGGAACAGAUUAAGUUUGGCGCUUUUGUUUUUGCCAUUUUUUUUUUGUUUAUGAGGGGUUUUUUGGUUAAUUUGUUUUUGUGACUGUGUGGAACCCAGUUUAGCUACUGAUUUAUUGACCGCGUGACUGCGGAAAUGGAUA